UUUCCCGUGCUGCAUCGCUCCGCUGAUUAUUGCCUCAAACUCUGCUUACUUCAACCCGCCGUCUGUCACUCAUCAUGAGCAGCUCAGGGGGAUACCCGGGGACUGGAACCAAGGCGGACAAGGACAACCACUCAGACCAGUGCAAUCCCACCAACCCGGAGUACGACGGUCAUAAGAAGGGAUACCCUGGAACUGGCACCAAAUCUGAUUUGGACAACCAUGCCGACCAACUCAACCCCAUCAACUCCAAAUACACGCCCAAAGGUGGAAAAUGAAACACUUUUUGGAAGACAC